CUUUCCUGGAAAAUACACAAAUGGAGAUCCAAUUUCAAAAUAGCAUGAUCACAAAGAAAAAGGGAAGAAACAAGAGAAAUAACAAAAGUAGUAAUAAGAACAAGUUUGUUGGGGUAAGACAAAGGCCUUCUGGGAGAUGGGUAGCAGAGAUCAAAGACACAACACAGAAAAUCAGGAUGUGGCUUGGCACCUUCGAGACCGCGGAAGAGGCUGCUAGGGCUUACGACGAAGCAGCUUGUCUUCUUCGCGGCUCCAACACUCGCACCAACUUCAUCACUCACGUCUCCAUGGAUUCCCCUCUCGCUUCUCGAAUCAAGAAUCUCCUCAACAACAACAACAAGAAGAAAAAUACUAAUCAUGAUCACAAUGAUCGACCAAAACAACAAAACUCUAGCACUAGCACUAGUAAUAAUCCUAGUGCUAGUACUAGCUCCACAACAACUACUACCAGUAGUACUUGUUGUGAUUCUUCUAGUGGGAUUGUUCAAGAGCAAGAUCUGGAUCAUCAACAUCAUCAUUUGUUUGAGGAUGCAUACAAACCGGACUUGAGUAGCUUUGGUUUCUCUCAGCCUAGUAAUAAUAAUAAUAAUCUGACGAGUACGUGGGGUGGGGGGUUUGAUCGAUUUUCAUUUGGCAUAACAGGUGAUGGACAGUUGGAUUUGUGUAAGAACAGUAUUGAGAAUAAUGUGGAUGAUGAUGGGUCGGAGUUUUUGGAGUUUGAAAGGAUGAAAGUGGAGAGGCAGAUAUCGGCGUCGCUGUACGCAAUGAAUGGAGUUCAAGAGUACAUGGAAGCUCUUCAUCAUGAUCCUGUUGACGCUCUGUGGGAUCUUCCUCCUUUGUGCUCACUCCUUUGCUAGAGUAU